CGUACUUUGUAUGACUGUGUAUGUGACAAAUAAAAUUUGAAUUUGAAUUUGACUUGUUCAUUAAACUACCAUUCUAAACAAAACUCUUAAGGAAGACAUUGUGCUAUCUGCUUUGAACAACUUUCUUUGUCAAAUCAUGUCAUAUCUGGUACCUGUCCAAAUAAUUGGUGGGCAACAAGGAAGUUCAAUUAGGUUCAAUGGCGCUGAAAAUGGAUCCACACUGAAAAAGAUCUGGGUGUGGGCCGGUGGCUGGCAGAUAAAAGCCAUCAAGGCAUGGCUAACUGAUGGCCAGUGCAACGAGUUUGGAAAACGUGGAGGAAAGUUUUUUGAAUUUGAAUUUGAAGAUGGUGAGCAUAUCACCUCUCUUUCGCUUUGGGGAAAUGGAGCUGGAACACGCCUGGGUGCCAUCAAAUUCAAGACCAAUCGCUCCCGGGAGUUCUUUCCAUGUAUGACAGACUGGGGACUAAAAACAGAAUAUCCAAUUGAUGUUGGUUCUGGAAUCUGCACGGGAUUCAUUGGAAAAGCUGGUGCAGAUAUUGAUUGCUUAGGCUUCAUGUUCAUCAACACAAUCAAGUCUACUGUGCUCACAAAUGUUUACUAUCCCACACUUCAUAGUGUGAUACCCAGUGUGAAUGUUGAGGAAAUUAAAUCUAUGAAUUAUAAGAAUGAAACUAGUGAUACUCAAGAAUAUAAGAUAGAAACCUCAAAAACAAUCAUAAAAAAGUCCUCCUGGUCUGUUACCAACAAGCUUGAAAUGACAUUCAACAUGGAAGUGAAAGCAGUAAUUCCAAUGGUUUUAGAAGUAUCAAGUGGAUUCAGUUUCUCAGUGGGUAGUGAGAGCACAUAUGGUUUAGAGAACAGUGAGGAGAAAACUGAGACGUUCUCGUUUCCUGUCAAAGUCCGCCCAGGCAAAUCUGUGGUUGUGGACAUUACAAUUGGCCGAGCAACAGUUGAUCUCCCCUACACUGGCACAGUACAGAUUACCUGCUGUAAUAAUAGUGUGCUACAGUUUCCAACCAGUGGAACCUACAAAGGUCUCACUUACACUGAUGCAAAAGCAGUUGUGAAAGAAUCAGAAUAAAAACUAGAUUCUACAACCACAGUGAGGGAUCGGUGCAGAGAUCCAUUUGUUUAAUUUGUAGAAGAUUGUAAGAAAUACUAAUGCAGUAAUUAAGAAAAAUUAAUACAGCAAAUCUAAUUUUAUGGUGUUU